AUGGCGACAGAGGCGAAUGGGUUGAGUGAUGGCCAAGGGAAAGAAAGAAAUAACGACUCGACCAGCGAGACCGCAAAAGAUGGCAAGAAGAAACGCAAGGGGGGCGCAAAGGUGAAGUCUGGAUGUCUGACAUGCAAAACUCGUCGAGUAAAGUGUGACGAGAGAAAACCGGUGUGCAAAAGAUGUGCGAGGCUCGGCGUACAGUGCGACGGAUAUACAAAGACUGCUGUCAAAACAGAGAUACAUACCGGGCCUAGGCCGUUGGUUCCCAAAGGCAUCGUUCAGACCAGCUCCCUGCGCAUUCAGCCCUAUACUGGUCCGGACUUCUCUGGUCAGGAUGAGGCCCGAUACUUUCGGUUCUACUGUGAAAAUGUGGCGGCGCAGCUCUCAGGCCCUCUCGAAACAACUCUAUGGGAGCGAACAAUCCCACAGGCCGUGGAAACCGAACCUAUCAUCAAACAUGCCGUCGUUGCGGUGGCAGCGCUCAACAAGUCACGCAUGGAUGCUGCGAAAGGAAUGGGGAAAUCCAACCCCCAUCACCAAUUUGCCUUGCUUCAAUAUGGCAAAGCAUUAAAGAAAAUCAGGAACACUUUGACUGUCGGUGUUUCAGAUCCCAGGAGAUCUUUGAUGGCCUGUCUGCUUGUGUUAUGCUUGGAGUCUUUGCAGGGGUAUCAGAGUUCAGCAUCAAUUCAAGCCGCGGUCGGUGUAGCUCUCUUGCAACGAUGGUGUCUUGAAAACAAAGGAAAGUUAGCCCACCUCAAGAAGAUUGAAGAAGAUAUUUGCCAUGGGCUCUCAAGCCUCGACCUACAAGCUCUUCUCUUCCUGGAUACUCGCGCCGGCCCUAUACAUUGCGAACUGUUGAAAGGGGCUGCAGACGUUCAACUACUAAUAUUAGCUUCGCCACUCUCAUUUAUAAUGAGUUUGAGAGAUUGCCAUUUGUACUGGCAGCUCUUCAUGAGGCAUUGCUACCACUUCAUCGCCGCUGCCCGUUCAGAGAUUACUCAACAAAACUCGACCGCGCCUCCAGAGUCAACAAGUCAGACUCAUCCUCUAAGUUUCGACCCUGGUAACAAUGUUUGGAGUGCGUUUGUCGAUGCUUCGCAGGAGACUCCGGUCAGUCUACAAAGAGAACGAGAUGCAUGCUUAGAAAAUGUUUAUCGGUGGGAGCGGGCUUCAAAGGGACAUAUUGAAGAGGCUCUUAGUUCAAGAAAAGACACUGACGAGUACAUUGUUGCAUCCAUGCUGAGAAUACAGGUGGCAAUGACACAAGUAGCGCUAGGAACAGCUUUCUCCCAGAAUGAAAUGUUCCAUUUCAAUAUCGGUAUUUUACCGGGGUUAUGUCAAGUGGGGCUGUGGUGUCGACAAAAAGCAAUCUGUGAACGAGCAAUAAGUCUGCUCUUAAAAUCUCCUGAGAUGCAGGAAGGAGUGUGGAACAGCGAGAGUCUCAGCCGAUUUGUGAAUUUUCUCAGGACGGUGGAAGAGGAUGGCGACGACGCAGAUGGAGUUGUGCCUGCUUCCAAACGGGUUUCGUAG